UAGUUUGCUACCAAUGAAAAUUAAUUAUGUUUGUCUCAGUUUGAAAAACUCUGUUACGGUUGAGUUCACCGGUACCGUAGCUUAGGGCUACAACCGAAAAUCAUAAAUCAUGGCCUUAAAUAGAUCAAUUGCAGCGGCCGCACCAAGAAAUCACUUCAUCGAAUUCAAGGUGGGAAGAUGACAGCGCUACGACCAAGUGUGGCUUGUUUACGGUUUAACCCAUGGAGCUAGCUUGCAUUAGUCAGAAUUCUCCAUCUUUGGCUCUCUCCCAAACCAAAUCCAUCUCUCUCCUCAAGCAAUCCCACGCUCAGCUUGUCAAGUUAUCUACACCCUGUAACCUCAGUCUCACAGCCAAAUUGGUCGCCUCCUACGGUAAGUUCGGGGACUUGGAAUCCGCCCUUUCUGUCUUCGACCGAUGUCCGCAACAUCCAGAUGCAUUUCUCUUCAACUCACUCAUCCAGGCUCACAUCUGUGGCUCCCUCUUCCGACAGGCCUUUCAAAUUUAUCUGCAAAUGUUGGAGCUUGGUGUCUCUCCUAACCGAUACACGUUCCCUCUCCUCCUCAAAGCCUGCUCCACUUCGUUUAUGCUCAGUCAAGGGGCCCAGCUUCAUGCGCACUGUGUGAAAUUUGGACUCAAUUCAAGUCCGUUUGUGACGGUUGCGUUAAUGGAUAUGUAUAUGAAAAACGGGUUGAUUGAUAGUGCACGCCGAUUGUUUGACAGAAUGGUUGAACGAGAUGUUGUUUCUUGGAAUGCAUUUCUAUCGGGCUAUUCACAGAAUGGGAGGCCAGAAGAAGCCUUAGGAGUCUACAAUAGGAUGAGGGUGGCAGGUGUGACUGUUGACUUUGUCGCUAUUGCAUCUGUAAUCUCUGCUUGCUCACAGCUGCGGUUCCUUCACCAGGGCAAGUGGAUUCAUUCUUGGGUGAUAAAGAAUGGAUUUGGUGCUGAUGUUGUCAUUUCUACUGCUCUUUUGGAGAUGUAUGCAAAUUCUGGUGACUUCUGGUUGACUAAGAAAUUGUUUGAAGAAAUGCCUACGAAAGAUUUGAUUGCUUGGAAUUGCCUGAUUUCUUGUUAUGUCCAAAGUGGGAUGAUAGGUGAUUCCUUUGAAUUGUUUAGAAAAAUGCAACACAAUGGAUUGAAACCGAAUGGCUCUACUUUAGCUGGAAUUUUACCUGCUGUUGGCCGUGUUGGUGCACUCCAUUUGGUAAGAUCCUGUCAUGGUUUUGCCAUCAGGAAUGCUUUGGACUUGGAUGAGUAUGUAAUGACUGCUUUGAUGGAUGCUUUUGCCAAAUCUAGUGACUUAGUUGCUGCCCAGAGGCUGUUCAAUCUCAUUCCUAAUAAAAGUGUUGUUGCUUGGAGCUCCAUGAUUGAUGGAUAUGGCACCCAUGGUUAUGGGGCCGAGCCCAUCAUUCUGUUUGAGAAAAUGCAAGAAAAUAAUAUCAAACCUAAUCACAUCACCUAUGUUGGAGUUUUAUCAGCUUGUGCUCAUGCUGGAUUUGUUGAAGAGGGUCAAGGAUAUUUCCGAAAGAUGGUUGAUGUCCAUGGCAUCAUCCCACGUCUGCAGCACUAUGCUUGUAUGGUGGACAUGUUUGCACGCGCAGGGCUUUUCGACGAUGCAGUGUCUUUGAUUAAUCAAAUGCCCACUGAACCAUCUCCAGGCAUAUGGGGUGCAUUGUUGGGUGGAUGCAGGAUCCAUGGCCAUGUUGAACUUGGUAAAUUUGCUGCUGAGCGGCUAUUUGAGUUGAACUCUGUAGAUCCAGGUUUCUAUGUCUUGCUGUCAAACAUAUAUGCGGCUGCUGGGAUGUGGUCAGAAGUACGAGAAAUAAGGAGUUUAAUGAAACAAAAAGGCUUGAGGAAACCAGCAGGCUGGAGCUCAAUUGAGAUAGGUAAUAAGGUUCAUUGUUUCAUCUCCGGUGACAUGUCCCACUCAGAUUCUGGUAAAAUAUAUCAAAAAUUAGAGGAAUUGAUGGAAAGAAUCAGCAAAGUUGGAUAUACUCCUGCGACUAAAGUUGUCUUACAUGAUGUGGAAGCUGAUGUGAAGGAAAAUGUACUGAGGAGUCAUAGCGAGAAAUUGGCCAUGGCUUAUGGCUUGCUAAAAGCAGCACCUGGUACACCCAUUAGAAUAUUGAAAAAUCUUCGAACGUGUGAAGAUUGCCAUGUUGCUGCAAAAUUCAUAUCAAAGAUCACGAAUACAGAAAUUAUCUUGAGGGAUGCUGUCAGAUUUCAUCAUAUCAAAGAGGGAGUGUGUACAUGCAGGGAUUAUUGGUAAAUCUGUACAUUAUUAUAAAAAAGGUAGCCAGUCCUGAUCUGCUAUGCUUGAUGCACUGUACUCUUGGCUGUUUGCAAAAAGCCAACAUCAUCUCUACAUACUCAUGUGCAGCCCCCCCUUGAAGCAAAAAUAAUAAAAAAGAAAAAGAAAAAAAGAAAAAGAAAAGCCCACAGCUCAGCUCGAGACUCUUAUAUAUUUACACACAUAAGAUAAGAUCAUUGUUUGUUUUCUUCUUUCUCUGUCGUCACGUUUCUGUUGUUUGUUUUGACUCUUUAGUGGAAGAUUAGAGAAUUAACAUGGAAAGAAAACCAUGGAAAAACGUUAAAGGCAUAAUGCUUGCUCCAGGCUUCAAAUUUGCACCCACUGAUGAAGAAUUGAUAGUCUAUUACUUGGAUGAAAAGACGAGAGAUCCCACUCUGAGAAUUGAUACAAUCACUGAAAUCAAUAUCUAUCAAUUUGACCCUCAGCAGCUUAUAGGUACGUAGCUUUCUUUGUAACAAUUUUUUGUUUAAUUUCUUUGUUGCGCUUUUUCUUCCUUUAAUCUGCUUUUUUUUUUCCUUCUAUUAUUGGUUGUUCUUUAUACCGAUCAUCA